GGGGGCUAUUUAAUUUUUUUUAGUUAAUUAAUUUGUGUUUUAUAAAUUAGAUCUGUUAUAUGCAUUAUAUAUAGAUGGUAUCUUCCUGGAAAAGAGUCUUUAAUGUGGGGGAUAUAUUGUUAAUGCUAUUUUGCUUUUUAUAACACUCAAGUGACUUUAACUGGUUUGCUCAAAAAUUGAACAGCACCAUUUCUCACUUCCAUAAAACCACCUUUUUUUUGUAGUUAAGGUCACUUUACAGCAGUGUGCCCACCUAUGUUUCUGGCUCCACCUGACUUGAUAGAGAGACCAGAGCUUGAAACAAUAUAACUUUUGUUUCACCAUAUGAAUUACAAAGUCUAUGCAGUCUGUUUCAAAAUCCAGCACAGAGGCCCUAUGUCCCUGAGCCCCAAAGACUCUUCUUUGAGUUCUGGAUCCUUGAGAUUUUCAAGUGUUGGUUAGAUAUCUUCAGGUCGCUUUGUGCUUUUUAAACAGGAGGCAUUAACUAUAUUAGAACUGUGUUCUGGGCAUGGUUAAAUGGAAUGUAUCCGACACUCAGAUUAGCCAUUCUUCCAAACUUGAUAGAUUGUUGCAUCACUUUUCUUUAACUUGGACGGGUAAGGUUGAGCAAGCUUGAAAGUCGUUUUUUUUUUCUUAAUAGUUGAUGUAUACUCUUAUAUAAUAGGAUUUUAGACUCAAGUUUCAAGCUGCUUUGGGAUUUAGCUAGCUUGUAGGUGAGCAUUCGUUAUUUUAUCCAAAUGGAUCAUGGUUCAUGUGCAAAGAAAGAUGAAGGAAAUUCAUUAAACCAAAAUGUUAUCGGACUGCAGAAGAAAUAUAAUUUAUUACACAGAUUCCGUCAGUGGGUCCCAGCCAACUCUGCAGAAGAAACAAAGCAAUUGUGUUACUUAGCAGCUCCUUUGAUUUUAGCGCAGUUACUAAGUUUUCUAAUCAACACUGUCAGUGCCAUAUUCUGUGGGCAUCUUGGAAAGGUGGAACUAGACGCUGUCACACUUGCCAAUGCAGUUAUCUCAGUGACUGGGCUUUCUGUUGGACUUGGACUCUCUUCUGCUUGUGACACUCUCAUUUCCCAGAUAUUUGGAGGUAGAAACCUGAAGCUAAUUGGUGUCGUAAUCCAACGUGGCAUCCUUAUUUUAUUUCUGGCCUGCUUUCCAUGCUGGGCUCUUUUCAUAAACACUGAAAAUAUUCUGCUUCUCUUUAAACAAGAUCCAAAAGUAGCUAGGAUGGCUGAAGACUAUGCUCUUGUAUUUAUUCCUGGUCUUCCAGCUGCAUUCCUAUAUCAGCUUGAGGUGCGAUAUCUGCAAAAUCAGGGGAUAGUCUACGUGCAGAUUAUAGUCAGCUUUGUAUCAAAUAUCAUAAACUGCAUUGUGAAUUAUGUCUUCCUGUUUGUGCUGAGACUUGGAGUCAUAGGAUCUGCUUGGGCAAACACCAUUGCUCAGUAUGCACAGUGCCUACUAUUACUCCUUUAUAUUCGGGUGAAGCGACUCCAUGUAAAUACUUGGGGAGGUUGGUCCACUGAAUGCUUGCAAGAUUGGAGUUCCUUUAUUUCACUGGCAAUACCAAGCAUGUUAAUGGUGUGCAUUGAGUGGUGGACUUAUGAAAUUGGAAGCUUCAUGACAGGUCUCCUAGGUGUGGUGGAGCUUGGAGCCCAGUCUGUUAUAUAUCAAGUGGUAGCCAUUGCAUACAUGAUCCCCUAUGGAAUAGGCAUGGCGGCAAGUGUGCGAGUGGGAAAUGCUCUUGGUGCAGCAAAUGUUGAACAAGCAAAGACAUCCACAAAAGUUGCCUUCCUUGUCACAGCUGCUGUCAUAUUUGUAGACAUACUUCUGCUGUCCUCUUUCAGGAAUCAGUUUUCAUACUUAUUUACCAGUGAUCGACAGAUAGCUGCUCUUGUUGCUCAGGUCAUCCCUAUAUAUGCUGUAUUCCAUCUCUUUGAAUCCAUUUCAUGUGUUGCAGGCGGCAUUCUAAGAGGAACAGGCAGACAAAAGAUCGGUGCUAUAAUAAACAUGAUUUGCUAUUAUGUGAUUGGAUUGCCAGUUGCUGCUGUCCUAAUGUUUGCAGUCAAAAUUGACGUAAAAGGUCUUUGGAGUGGAAUGACCAUUUGUGGGAUUUUUUUGGUUAUAUUUUUUACAAUUUAUCUCUCAAGGUUGAACUGGGAGGACGUGUCUCUUGAGGCUCAGAAAAGGGCAGGAAUAGAAGAAAAAGAAGCAGCACCUUCAGAGAUACAAAUUGUAUCAGAUGAUAUCAUCUUAUCUGACUUCAACAGUAAUCUGAGUCAGAAACCCCAGGUGAUUUUACCAGAAGAACCAGCUGCCCAUGGAAAAUCUCUACAAAUGAAUGACAUCUUAGUCCGCCGUGGACUUGCUUUCAUUGCGAGUAUUGCUGUGUUACUGCUGGGAGUUGUAAUAAAGCUCUGGGUAGCCAUAGUGUAGUAUAACCUAUCAAAGUACCAUUUGUAUUUCAGCUGUAUUUCUGUCCUAUACAAGCCCUUUUGCCAAUAAAGGCUUUUUAAGGAA